GGGUGAGGGGCGGGGCGGCGGAGGGAUUGCAGCGGCUCUGUAGUCGUGAUAACCUUGAGGCUCAGGCGUGUGGUUCCCGCAUAGGAGCGACGCGUCCAGACUUCCCACACUUGUGCGUUUGCAGCGCAGCCAGAGCAGGACCUCCGGGAGCACCUCAGGAACCAUGUCGAAGGCCCAUAGUGAAGCCGGGACUGCCUUCAUUCAAACCCAGCAGCUGCAUGCAGCCAUGGCAGACACAUUUCUGGAGCACAUGUGCCGCCUGGACAUCGACUCGCCACCCAUCACGGCCCGGAACACUGGCAUCAUCUGUACCAUUGGUCCAGCCUCCCGAUCUGUGGAAAUGUUGAAGGAGAUGAUUAAAUCUGGAAUGAAUGUGGCUCGUCUGAACUUCUCUCACGGAACUCAUGAGUACCAUGAAGAGACCAUCAGGAAUGUGCGUGCAGCCACAGAAAGCUUUGCUUCUGACCCCAUUCUCUACCGGCCAGUUGCUGUGGCCCUGGACACCAAAGGACCUGAGAUCCGAACAGGGCUCAUCAAGGGCAGCGGCACUGCUGAGGUAGAGCUGAAGAAAGGAGCCACUCUGAAGAUCACUCUGGAUAAUGCGUAUAUGGAGAAAUGUGACGAGAAUGUCCUAUGGCUGGACUACAAGAACAUUUGCAAAGUGGUGGAUGUGGGCAGCAAGAUCUAUGUGGAUGAUGGACUUAUUUCUCUGCAGGUGAAGCAGAAAGGUCCUGAUUUCCUGGUGACGGAGGUGGAAAAUGGUGGCUCCUUGGGCAGCAAGAAGGGUGUGAACCUUCCAGGGGCUGCUGUGGACCUGCCUGCUGUGUCAGAAAAGGAUAUUCAGGAUCUCAAGUUUGGGGUAGAGCAGGACGUGGAUAUGGUGUUUGCGUCUUUCAUUCGCAAGGCAUCUGAUGUCCAUGAAGUCAGGAAGGUCCUGGGUGAGAAAGGAAAGAACAUCAAGAUAAUCAGCAAAAUCGAGAAUCACGAAGGAGUUCGAAGGUUUGACGAGAUCCUGGAGGCCAGUGAUGGGAUCAUGGUGGCUCGUGGUGAUCUGGGCAUUGAGAUUCCUGCAGAGAAGGUCUUCCUAGCUCAGAAGAUGAUGAUUGGGCGGUGCAACCGAGCUGGGAAACCUGUCAUCUGUGCCACCCAGAUGCUGGAGAGCAUGAUCAAGAAACCUCGCCCUACCCGGGCUGAGGGCAGUGACGUGGCCAAUGCUGUUCUGGAUGGAGCCGACUGCAUCAUGCUGUCUGGAGAAACAGCCAAAGGGGACUACCCUCUGGAGGCUGUCCGCAUGCAGCACCUGAUAGCUCGUGAGGCUGAGGCAGCCAUGUUCCACCGCAAGCUGUUCGAAGAACUUGUGCGCGCCUCAAGUCACUCCACAGACCUCAUGGAAGCCAUGGCCAUGGGCAGCGUGGAGGCUUCUUAUAAGUGUUUAGCGGCAGCUUUGAUAGUUCUGACGGAGUCUGGCAGGUCUGCUCACCAGGUGGCCAGAUACCGCCCCCGUGCCCCCAUCAUUGCUGUGACUCGAAACCACCAGACCGCCCGCCAGGCUCACCUGUACCGUGGCAUCUUCCCUGUGCUCUCUAAGGACCCUGUCCAGGAUGCCUGGGCUGAGGACGUGGAUCUCCGUGUGAACCUGGCCAUGAAUGUUGGCAAGGCCCGGGGCUUCUUCAAGAAGGGAGAUGUGGUCAUUGUGCUGACCGGAUGGCGCCCUGGCUCUGGCUACACCAACACCAUGCGUGUAGUGCCUGUGCCCUGAUGGACCUCAGAGCCCCUCCUGCAGCCCCUGUCCCACCCCCUCCCUCAACCCAUACAUUAGGCCAGCAAUGCUUGUAGUGCUGACUCAGGGCUGUAGUGUGGCACCGGUGGGCUGGGACACCAGAGGAGAAGAUUAAAGUCUCUGUGAUGUGUGACUGUUUUUAGGCACUGCUUGGGUGGGGGUAGCCCAGAACCUGACUGCCCAUCAUGUACCCUCCACCCCCACCCCCAAGCAAGGGGAGAAUGAAGGGCCAGGACCAGAGGCCCCAGGGCUUACUGUAAGAGGGCAACAGCUCCCUGUGCUUUCUGUACUUAAUUGAGUUCCUGUAGAAAAUGAAUGCCCAGAGAACUCCCGAUCCUGGCCAGGGGUCAGGAGACAACCAGCAAGGAUAGGGCCUUAGAACAUGGAGCAUUGGUUCUGGUUUAAGCAGACUGACCCUGGCUCUUACUUGCUUCCCCAGCCCCCUCAGCCUGCCCACUCCCACCUUGUUUGUGCAUUGUGCACUUCUGUUUUCCUGCACUAAGCUCAGCUGUUGCUGCAGAAAACACUCCUCCUUCCACUUUCCCCACUACUGCAGCCACUUCCAGGCCUGUUGCUAUAGAGCCUACCUGUAUGUCAAUAAAUAACAGCUGAAGCGCC